CUCCACGGCAGCAGUGUGGGAGGAGGCUCUCUGGACAACGACGCCUUCAGCCUGUGUGAGAAAAGUGAUGCUACUCCAGCUCCUCUUCCUCCACCCGUCGCUCUCACCGCUGCAGCUGCUCGUCUCUUCGGCGCGCUUUACCCCCACGUCAUCUCCGCUCAGAGAGUGAAGAUAUUGGAGCAGUUUGUGGAAACAGUGAACCAGCUGAAGGGUCAGCGGCAGCAGACGGUCCAGACACACGUUUGUGCCGCCCUCUGCAGCCUGCUCAAGCACCAGGGAUGUAUCCGUGGCUCUUUGGGUCCAGAAGAGGUUCGCUCCCCUGCUCUGUCUCUCCUCUCGGGGGCGCUAGAGAGCGUCAGUCCCCUGCUCAGAUGUCUGGCUGCGGAGGGUCUGGCUCGGCUGGUUCAGGUGGUCGGAGACCCCGGAUUCACCGUGUCCGUGUCCCUGCUCUGCUUCGACAGGCUGAAGACGUCUCGGGACGCAGCGUCUCGCAGUGGCUACUCCCUGGCUCUGGGGGCGCUGCACCGCUACACCGGAGGAAUCAGCUCCGCUCAACACCUGUCCACCUGCCUGGGAGUGCUGUUCACCCUGAGCCAGGACAGCACCUCACCUGAGGUCCAGACCUGGUCUCUCCACAGCAUGUCUCUGGUGGUGGAUCUCUCCGGGGGUUUGUACCGCGCCCAUGCCGAGGCGUCCUUCACUCUUGUGCUCCGGCUGCUGCUGUCUGCCCCCCCCACGCACCCUGAGGUGCACCACAGCCUGGGCCGCUGCCUACACGCCCUCAUCACCUGCCUGGGCCCCGACCUGCAAGGUGAGGGUGCAGCAGUGUCCUCUCUGCGCUCCAGCUGUCUGAUUGGCUGCGGGGUGAUGCAGGACAGUCCGGACUCUCUGGUUCAGGCCAGAGCCAUUUCCUGUAUGCAGCAGCUGCACAUGUUCUCACCUCCACACAUCAACCUGGCCAGCCUCGUACCUGCACUCUGCGAGAUCUUGUUGGAUUAUUCUUUGUUGGCCCACCUGUGCAGCUCGUACCUGUGUCUGCGCCGGGCCGUGGUUGCGUGUCUGCGGCAGCUGGUGCAGCGGGAGGCGCUGGAGGUUUCUGAACACGCUGUGACGCUGGUCAAAGAGCUGCCCAGACGAGACAACACACAGCUGGACGUCACCAUAAAGGAGGUGGGUCUGGAAGGAGCUCUGUUCACUCUGCUGGACCGAGAGUCUGAUCCCGGUCUGAGGCGGGACAUCCAGGAGACGCUGGUCCACAUGAUGUCCUCCAGCGCCACCAGCGGGAAGCUGGGACACUGGCUCAAACUGUGCAAGGACGUCCUCUCUGCAACCACCGACUGUCGGGCUCCGGUGGAGUUGCGUCAGGAGGAGGAGGAGGAGGCGGACGCCGCUCGAGACGACGACUCCUCGGCCUUCAAAGCUCGCUCUGAGUCCAGCGGCCCGUUCACCGCGCUGCGCUGGGCCACGCGCCGCUUCGCCAUGGAGUGUGUGUGUCGCAUCAUCGCUCAGUGUGAGACUUCUGACCCGGCGCACUUCGACAUGGCUCUGGCUCAGGAGCGCCGCCUGCAGGAGAGCACAGACUUCCUGGUGCUCCACCUGGCUGACCUGGUCCGCAUGGCCUUCAUGGCGGCGACGGAUCACAGCGACCAGCUGAGACUGGCAGGUCUUCAGACCCUGCUCGUUAUCAUCAGACGCUUCUCUGCCAUCCCUGAACCAGAGUUCCCCGGUCAUGUGAUCCUGGAGCAGUACCAGGCCAACGUUGGAGCUGCUCUCAGACCAGCCUUCUCUGCUGACGCUCCUCCUGACAUCACCGCCAAGGCCUGCCAGGUGUGCAGCGCCUGGAUAGCGAGCGGUGUGGUCAGUGACCUGCGCGACCUGCGGCGCGUCCACCAGCUCCUUGCCUCCUCAUUGGCUAAAGUCCAGGCGGGGAGGGACCCGUCCAGCCAGCUGUACAACGAGGCCACCGUCACCAUGGAAACACUGGCUGUCCUGAAGGCCUGGGCCGAGGUUUACAUUGUGGCGGUUCAGAGGAGCAGACAGGAGGAGAGCUCUGAUAGGACGGCUGACCUCUCAGUCUCCUCCUCUCUGGCCAAUGACAGCUCAGGCUCAGAGUCUGGAGGGGCGGGCCUCCUGAAGUUGGUCCAAUCAGAUCUGUGUACGCUGAGCCGCCUGUGGUUGUCUGCGCUGCAGGACUACGCCCUGCUGACCCUCCCUCAGGAGUACGCAGCGCAGCUACCUGACACAG